AACAAUUUACAAUCUUUAAACUUGGAAAAAGAAAAUCGAGGUAUGUUUUGUUUUAUGAUAGCAAAGAAAAAGUGGACACGAUUAAAGGUUUCGAGGGAAUAUUUUUUUGUUUUAAUGGUCAAAAAGUUGGUUAACCUUGUGAAUAACACGUAAAGAAGGAAAAGUGUAAAGGCGAGACAACAACCUGAACGCAUUCCUCUCUCUAUUUGACCGUUGGUUUUCUUUAGAAAAUCUACCAUCCAGACCUGAGGAUUAUGUCCUCGAACGGGAACCAAGGAGGCCCGAACCAGGAUCCGCCUUUGGCCCUGCCCCAACCCAGACAGCCGAGGAAUCUUCAGGAUCUGCUGAGAUUCGCCGUCGAAUCUAACGAUGGUAAUGCAGCUGCUAACAGCCGAGAACCACCUCGGGCCAGUCUCGACCCUGAAAGUAGAGAGUUUAUAUCGAAUGCGCUACGAGCACUAUCAGUGGAUGUGACAAAAGAACUUCUUGAUGCGAUCAAUGUGCUCAAGACGCUGGAAAAGUACGACCAGGAUCCUUUAGUAUAUGAGAAUGCCUUUGUGACAAUUACCGACCACAUUGACAACAUCGAUGCUGCCAAUGAUUUUGUAAAGUUGGGUGGGUUUGACAUUGCAACCAGUUGUUUAAGUACAAGACAUGCCGAGGUGCGAUGGAGAAUGGCUGAUGUUCUGGCUCAGUGCGCCCAAAACAAUCCAUUUUGCCAGCUUGAAGCGCUUAAAAGAGGAUUUCUCCCUAUUGUUCUGAAAAUGACAGACAGUGAUCGCGAUGAAAAAUGCAAGAUCAAAGCGUUUUUUGCUGCUUCGAACAUUGUAAGAACUUGCGAGCCAGCUUUGGAAGAAUUUAUCAAAGUAGACGGGUUUUCUGUUGUACUAAGAGCUAUGGAAAGUAAUAUAGAAAGGUUAGAAAACAAAGCUACGUUUUUUCUCUCGGCUAUAUUAUCAGAAAACUCAAAGUUAGUUGCUGAAUUAAUCGGAAAAGGGUUUAUAGAGCAGUUAAUAAAUAUGAUUAAAAAGGAACACAGCCCCAAACAUGAACAUAUGGUUUCUGCAUUGUUGACAAUAACAAAAAAUAGUACCACAGCUGAAAAUGAAUGUAGAAGGCAAGAACUAAAUUUACUUCCUCAUUUGACAAAAAUAUUAAACACAUAUGGCCAUGAAGACACAUUCAAGGAGGAAAUCAACUAUAUAAAAGAUUUGAUUCUUCUAGUUUUCCCUGAAGAUCCAGAUGUGGAGAGGUAAAAAUUAACAAAA